UUGAGUCCGAACAUACAUGACUUCUUUCCAAAAAUAACGAAGAUGCGGUGGUUGUUCAUUCUGAUCACACCUGGGGUGUUUGCAGCCCCCUUUCCGAGCGAAGGAUUAGAUGGUCCCCACACCGUCAACAUGAGUCCCCAGACUGGAGCAUUUUUCGUAACGGAAGCGACUGAGAGCCGUACGGUGUUUGCCAUGGUGACAUUCUUUUGUGCAAUAGUAUUAUCAGGGCUAUGCGGAUCCUACGCAGAGACGCUGAAGUACAACAUCUUCCGCAAAACCGACAUCUCCUCCACGCUGCUUGCCUUCCUCUACUUCUUGGCUAUCGUAUGCGCCAUCUCCAUUACAUUGGUCGAAUCAGGAUUGGGUGCGAAAACUCGCGAAUUGUGCCACGCUGCUGCCGUCAUCUGUAUUGUAUUUGGUACAGGAAGCAAAGUAACCAUGUAUAUAUUUCUCUUGGAGCGCAUUCGUGUCGUACGAACCCCAUUUGUACCCCGCCAAAAAGACGGUUUAUGGAUCGCGUUAAUGAUCAUUAUCUGUGGCGGCUUCGGUGGAAUCUCCAUACUCGCAUACACCACACCAGCUAUCGAACUUUCCUAUCUUGAUGCCCGCUGCCGAAUCGGUCUUUCCCCACGAACUUCCCUACCCUUUAUGGGUUUCUUUGUGGCGGUCAAUAUCAUACUUACAAGCGUGUUACUGUGGUUGAUGAAACCAAUGAUGACGCCGCAUAAGUUGCUUUCGCUCCGCGGAAUUUUUGGGAAAAGCACGGGGGCGAAACUGAACAAUUGGCUCGGUGGGCUGAAGGGUAUAGGAAGAGGGAAUGCUGCGAGAUACUCGGGUAUUCAGAAGAAGACAUUGAGCAAGAACGUCAGAAUUCUACUUCUAAAGUGUUUCAUGGGGAGCUUGUUGGUUAUGCUCAUCACCAUAGCUAACAUGAUCCACAUCUACGUUAUGAAAGGAAGACAGCUAGACUGGUUGUGUUUAACCGUUUGCAUGGUUGAUAUUAGUUUGUGUGUUGUUAUUCUCCACUGGGUGAAAAUGAGUUCGGCAAAAGCUGAGAACAACCUCACCGAUGUAAUGGCACAAUUGAUGCCCUGCGAGAGAAUGGUGCCCAAUCUAAUCCUCCCUUCCCCGAGUCCAGGCGGUUCAGUAUUCGAUAUGGGGCGGCCGGCACUGCUUAUGGAUCCCGGGUCAUUGUUGACUGUCGACAAAGCAGUUACUCGGGUCAAACGAGUGCCUUAA